AUGAAGAAAAAGAAAACAUUUUCCAAGUUUUUUGAUGUGAUAAUCACCAUUUUCUUUGAAUUCACCAUUGGAAUCAUAGCUAACACUGUCCUGCUUCUGUUCCACAUCCUCACAUUUCUUUGCAAGCACAGGCCUAAGCCCCUGGACCUGACUAUUGCUCAGUUGGCCCUGAUCCACCUGGUGAUGCUGGUAACUGUGUGCUUCAUAGCUACAGACACUUUUGGAUUUGGGUACUGGUGGAACAACCUCAUGUGUAAAUCUGUUAUCUAUGUAUAUAGGUUGAUGAGGGCCCUGUCUAUCUGUACCUCUUGCCUGCUGAGCAUCCUUCAGGCCAUCACUCUAAGCCCAAGAAAUUCUUGUUUGGCAAAAUUCAAACAUAUAUCUACACAUCACUAUCCGUGUUGCCUUGUCUUCUUAUGGGUCUUCAAUAUGCUCCUGAAUAUUCGUUUCUUACUUUCCAUUGGUGCCACCCCCAAUGUGACCUCACACAGUCUCAUGUUUGUCUCUGAAUCGUGCUCUCUGUGGCCUGUUAAUUCCUUGUUCAGGUACGUAUUUUUAUCAUUGUUGAACAUUCAGGAUAUCUCCUUUAUAGGGCUGAUGGCUCUGUCAAGUGGAUAUAUGGUGAGUCUUUUGUGCAGGCAUAAGAGGCAAAUCCAGCAUCUUCACAGCACCAGCCAUUCUCCAAAGUCAUCCCCAGAAGGAAGGGCCACCCAGACCAUUCUGCUGCUCAUGGGGUUCUUUAUGUUCAUGUACUUAUUGGACUGGGUUGUUUUCUCUUCCAGUGCAAUAUUGUGGAGUAAUGACCCAGUCAGUCUUUGUGUCCAGAUGCUUGUGGGCAAUGGUUAUGCCACAGUCUGUCCUUUUAUUCUAAUGAGCACUGAGAAACGAAUGGCUGAAUGUUUAAUAGUCAGGUGGGCAAGAAAAUGA